AUGGAUGCGUACUCAGGGUACAACCAGAUCUUUAUGCACCCUGAUGACCAAACUCAUACAUCUUUCAUCACCGACCGUGACCUCUACUGUUGCAAGGUUAUGCCCUUCGGCCUAAAAAACGUCAGGGCUACUUAUCAGCAUCUUGUGAACAACAUCUUUGCCCCACUGAUUGGCAACACCAUGGAGGUUUAUGUCGAUGACAUGCUAGUCAAAAGUCGUACUGCUAACCCGCACAUCUCUAACCUAUUUGCCAUGUUCACCAUCCUGAAACAGUAUAAAAUGAGGCUCAACUCCCAGAAGUGUUCCUUCGGCGUAGCUUCAGAAAAAUUCAUUGUCUUCAUGAUUAGCUAG